AUGCGCGCCUUUAUAACAUCCUUGUGGGCGACGAAUUAUUUAACACCGUCAAAUCUCUCACUCUCUUCUCACUCUCUUCUCACUCUCUUCUCUCUCUCUUCUCACUCUCUUUUUCUUCUCACUCUCUUCUCUCACUCUCUUCUCUCUCUCUUCUCUCUCUCUGAUCUCACUCUCUUCUCUCACUCUCCUCUCUCUCUCUUCUCUCUCUCUUCUCACUCUCUCUCUCUCUAUCUCUCACUCUCUCUCUAUAUAUCUCACUCUCUUCUCACCCUCUUCUCUCUCUAUCUCUCACUCUCUUCUCACUCUCUUCUCUCUCUCUCUCUCUCUCUUCUCUCUCUUCUCUCUCUCUCUCUCUCUUUCUCUUCUCUCUCUCUCUCUCUCUCUCCUCUCUUCUCUCUCUCUUCUCUCUCUCCUCUCUCUCCUCUCUCUCUCUCUUCUCACUCUCUUCUCUCACUCUCUUCUCACUCUCUUCUCUCUCUCUCUAUCUCUCUCUCUUGUCUCUCUUCUCUCUCUCUAUCUCUCUCUCUUGUCUCUCUUCUCUCUCUCUUCUCUCUCUCUCACUCUCUCUCUUCUCUCUCUCUCUCUUCUCACUCUCUUCUCUCUCUCUCACUCUCUCUCUUCUCACUCUCUUCUCACUCUCUUCUCUAUCUCUCUCGCUUGUCUCUCUUCUCUCUCUUCUCUCUCUCUUCUCUCUCUUCUCUCUCUCUCAAGCGGGAUGUUGCAAGCCUCUCACUGCUUUAUCGCUAG